AUGGCAGUUACUCAUUUGCUUCUAAGUCGACUCCGGUUGGCUUCUUCUUCUUCAUCUUCAUCACGCUUCACUAAACCACUUCACCUCUUCAAAUUCUCAUUCUCCACCACCUCACCGCCGAAUCCACCUCCAAUUCAAGUCUCCCUCACCGACUCAACGGGUCGCGCCGUUUUCGCAACUCGCCCAAUCCCUACCGGCGAUCUCAUCCACACCGCCGACCCCGCCGUCUGCCAUCCCUCACCCUCCGCCCUCCAUUCCGUCUGCUACUCUUGUCUCACCAGACUCCCCGCCUUCCCUCCUCAACGCUCCCCCUUUUGCUCUCACCAUUGCCACCAGCGCAGUAAGGAAUAUUACGAUGUUGAGAUGAAAGCGGAUUGGACGGAUUUUGAUAACUAUUGCCGGAACCAAGGUUUGAAAUAUCCUUUUCUGGUAAAGCGGUUGGCUUGCAUGAUCAUAUCAGGAGUUUCCAGAAGUGACAGUCUUGACAUACUUCAACCUGCCAAUUUGACACCUGAGAUGAUUUUAGAGAUGGAAAAGGGGUUCACCCUGCUAAGGAAUGCCUUCACAAAGAUACUCAUUGCAGAUGAACAAAUUGCAUUUCUAACCAAGCAAUGGUACAUUGGUGUUUUGGCACGAAUUCGAAUCAAUGCAUUUCGCAUUGAGUUGGCUGGUGGUGGAUCAUAUGAGGAUCUUCUUUCUUCAGCAUUUGCAUUUGUAGAAGCUGAAGCUGCUGUUGGAAAUGCUGUCUAUAUACUUCCUUCCUUCUAUAAUCAUGAUUGUGAUCCUAAUGCACACAUUAUAUGGAUAGAUAACGCAAAGGCAAAACUGAAGGCCCUUCGGGACAUUGACAAAGGUGAAGAACUGAGAAUCUGCUAUAUUGAUGCCAGUAUGGACCGCGAUGCUCGGCGAGAAUUAUUGUUUCAAGGUUUUGGUUUUCAAUGUAAUUGUAGUAGAUGCUUGCAUGGUGAUUAG